GCACCCCUUCUUUUCUCUUUUAUCUUCCAUGGGGAUGCUGGCAAAUGGGCUGGGCCGAUGGAGACAGCCAUCCAAGACGUGGCCGGGUCUUUCGCCGUCGUCUACAUUGCCCAGGUUAUCAUGACAAUGUGUGUGAAAGCCGGGCUGUCGCCAGCAACAGCUGACUUUUGA